GUGAACCAAUGAUUGCAAACAUUCAAUGUUUUGACUCAUUUGAAUGUCUCAACAAUUUGUUGUUAUAAUUAUUGACUGAAUAUGACUAUCACUGAUGGCAUCAAUUAGUGACACAAUUAGUGACACAAUUAGUGACACAGAUAUGGUAUCGGAUGUAGUAAUGGGACAACACUUUCAAGUCAUGUCACUAAAGCUAUCAGUUCCGCAAUCUAUAUAUUAUGUCAAAAAUUUUAUCGAUGAAAAUGAAGAGCAAUUGCUUAUGGAUCGUGUGAUUAAUAGUCCGAAACCCAAAUGGACAGUACUAUCACAUCGUCGACUUCAGAACUGGGGAGGACUGCCUCAUCCUAAAGGAAUGGUUGCUCAAGAGUUACCACAAUGGUUACAAAUAUAUACGACAAGACUUUCAGAAUUAGCAGUAUUUGGCGGUAAUACAGCCAAUCAUGUACUCAUCAAUGAGUAUCUCAGCGGACAAGGAAUUAUGCCUCAUGAAGACGGACCACUAUUUUAUCCAACUGUUGCUACUAUUAAUACCGGUUCACAAACACUAUUGGAUUUUUACAAUAAAAUAUCUGAAAGUAAUGAUGGUAUGGAUGAGAAAGGAGAUCAAAGGAUACCACUAUUUUCACUGCUUUUAGAGCCAAGAAGUCUUGUUAUACUUCAAGAAGAUGCCUAUAAGUCAUAUCUUCAUGGAAUACGUGAAGUUAAAAGUGAUAUAAUUAAUGACAAAAUAGCAAAUCUAUCGCUUUGUCAUAAUUAUAGAGUCGGACAACAAUUGGACAGAAGUACACGUUUUUCCUUUACUAUUAGAUAUGUACCUAAAGUUAUCAAAAACUUCAAUAUUUUUAAUAAUAAAAAAUAAUUAUAUUCUCUA